GAUCCCCCAACACCCAUCCUAUUAAACAAUGCCUAUACACCCCCACUACCUCCACCCACCAUGAAACUCCACCACCUCCACCUCCCCGGCCUCCCCUCCUACCCCUCCGUCUCCGCGCUCCAAGAAUCCCUCGUCGCCCGCUUCCUCCUCUCCAAAUCCUCAAAAACCUCCCCCUCCUCCCCCCCGCCGCCGCCACCCACCCUCCUCACCUUCUCCCCCCCGCCGACCUACACCUGCGGCCGCCGCGAAAUCGGCGCCCUCUCGCCCUCCCAAAUCGCGCACCUCCGCGCCGGCGGCCGCGCCGCCUUCCACGAAGCCCUGCGCGGCGGGCAGACGACCUACCACGGCCCCGGCCAGCUCGUCGCGUACCCGAUCCUCGACCUCGCGCCCCUAAAACUGAGCCCGCGGUGCUACAUCCGCCUGCUCGAAACCGCCCUCCAGUCCACCUGCGCGCACUACGGCGUGUGCACCUUCACGACCACAAACCCGGGCUUGUGGGUCAGCGCCGACGCCAAGAUUGGGAGCGUGGGCGUGCACAUGCGGCGGCAUGUCACGAGUCAUGGGGUCGCGUUGAAUGUGGCGCCGGAGCUGGGGUUUUUUGAGCGGAUUGUGGCGUGUGGGCUGGAGGGGAAGCGGGCGGUGAGUUUGGAGACGGUGGGGGUGGAGGGGCUGACAGUGGAGGCGGUGGGGGAGGUGUUUGCGGGGGAGCUGGGGAGGGCGCUGUUUGGGGAUGCUGAGGGGGGCGUGGUGAGGGUGGGUGUGGGGGAGGCGAGGGAGGUGUUGGGGUUGGAUGUUGGAGAGGGGGAGGGGGAAGGGGAGGGGGAUUGAGGGGUGCUGGCAUGGCUGUGGAAAUAAAAGUCACGGCUGUGGAAUCUCAAUUACCCACUAUGUGGAAGAGCUUCUAUGUGGAAGAGCUUAAGUCGAGCUGGAGCUUUACCAUGCCCCAUCACGGGCUACCGGCAUACUCGAGAUAGAGCGGUAGUACGUCCCAAAUUAGAUCGGAGUGAGAUAUCAAACCGCCAGAGCGAAGGAUCUAGACGUUAAGAGGACGCUUUUAGGUAAACGGAGCGCACUUGCAUGUAUAUAUGUUACCCGAACCUGAAACCUAGACUUGCAACCUUGCUUCAAAGAACACGUCGAAAUAUGAAGGAACAUUGCUUUCUCCUGGCAAAGCCACGUAUCAC